GGGUGUGGACUAACGUUGUGUGUUUAGGACAGGGUGUGGGCUAACGUUGCUAUGAGUCUGAACUGCAUCAUCGCCAUGGUGGACCGGCUACAGGAGAGGGAGAACAGGAAACAGGAAGUUACCUCACAGACACAGAAUGAUGUCACCACCACCUCACACAACACUGACCCUUCCCGCGCUCCUUGGCAGGCCUCUCUCGCCCCUCUUCCAGACCUGUCCCCUUUGUGGCAAGAGCAACUCCUCCCUCUAGUUGUGACUCUGAAGGAGUGUGUGAGUGACGCGGUGGAGAGGGCCCGGUGUGCUAUGACCUUCGUCCUCCUACAGGGGGCAGCAGCAUCAGCCUGCCAUGGUCAGCCCCUGACACACAGACGAGAUGCUGUCUUCAGCCAGGCACUGUGUGCGGUGGUGUGUGGGUUUGUACUGAGGCUGUACUCGGGUCUGGAGGAUAAAGGCUUCCUGCUGCAGCUCUGUGAGGUUGGGCUCAUCACACAGUUUGAAGGACUGCUCAGCACCUACAGUGAUGAGGUGGGUAUGUUAGAGGAUAUGGAGAUGGGAGUAUCAGACCUGAAUAGAGUCUCCUUCAAAAUAACUGAAGCCAAAUCAGAACAACCCACAGAUCUACUGCCCUCUGUCACUGGACUACGGGGUUGUUUUUGUGUGGAAGUCCCCUUGCCAUCGGAGACGUACCUGUUGUUACCAGGGGAACUGAGAGAUGGACGGGACUUAAGAGUUCACCCGUUACUGUUUAACAUCGGCAUCAACCAGCAACAGAGUCUAGCCGAGAGGUUCGGAGACAGUUCUCUCCAAGAAAGGAUCAACCUCAGAAGCUGUGAGAUGUUGAAGUCCUACUACAAGACCCUGAGAGACAAACUACCCAACUUGACCCUGCCCUGUUCCCGGUCCCCGUUAGCUGUGGAGGACUUGUUGUGUUCUCUGGAGCAGUCUCUGGAGAUGAAGAAGAGGAAGAACGUUGAGGUCCUGUGGCUCGCUGCCUCCGUGUGUAGGAGGUUGAAUGGUGUCAGGUUAACCAGCUGUAAAAGUGCCAAAGACAGGACCUCCAUGUCUGUGACUUUAGAACAGUGUAUGUUGCUAAGAGACGAACACACACUCAGCAAGGAGCACUUUAACAGAGCACUGGACUGCAUGAGGAGGUAGGGGCAU